GCCAUUUCCCCUUCCCCUGCUUUCUUGCUCUCUCUUUCUCUCUCUCUCUCUGCUUUCAACUCAGAUACCGAGGACGAACCUGAAUUGAUCCUCCAUUACUACUAUUAUUAUUACUGCUGGCCUUUCUGUUCAUUUCCAUUUCUUUCUUUCUUUCUUUCAUGGAGAUCCAACCCAUCAAGCAAAGAAACAGGAAAGAAGAAAAAUUUAAGGAAAGACAUCAGGAAACAGAGUGACAGACACAGAGGGUCACAGAGUGAGUGAGAGAGAGAGAGAGAGAGGAACAAGAACUCCAUGUGGGGACGACCUCAAUGAUAUAAAGUGAACUGCUUUUGUCUUCCCCCAUCUCUCUCUCUCUCUCUCUACUUUCUCUCUCCUUCACUCACUCAAUCAAAAUCCCGAAAGGACGAGAAAACUCGGGCACAAUGAGCUGAGAGCUGAGAGUUGAGCUGAGCUCCCUCCCUCCCCACCUCAUCUCUCUGUUUCUGUGCUGACCCCAAGUGUCUCUCUCUCUCUCCCUCGCCCCUGCCUCCGAGCAGCUGAGUCUCAGGUGCUAAGCAUUAACAAGAGCCGCCACCAUGCUCAAGCAAUUCCUGAAUAAAAUCCCUCGGAAGUCGCCGAAGCCUGAUUCUCUAGAUGCAGAAGGGAUCGAACCGGGAGACAACUCUAAUGGUUUCCAGUGCACUCUUGGGGGAACCACGUUCUCGAGCCGGUUCAAUGUCGUGAAGAGGGUCUCCUCUGCAGUAUUCCCCACUGGCGGUGCUGAGGCUGUGGAUCCCCACAUGUCCUUCAAGGACGUCUCUAACUCUCAGAAGCAUGGUCUCUUCCUCAGUAAAUUAAACCUCUGCUGCGAAGUCUACGACUUCAAUGACCACGAUAAGAACUACUCUAAGAUAAAUCUCAAGCAUGAAACUUUGAUUGAGCUUGUCGAUUUUGUUUCAAGCGGCUCAGCAAAAUUCAACGAGGCCACAAUCGCAGCCACUUGUAAGAUGUGCGCCGUCAACCUUUUUAGAGUUUUUCCCCCGAAGGAUCGUAGUAAUUCAAUUGGAGGGGAGGCAGACGAUAUUGAGGAGCCGAUGUUUGAUCCUGCCUGGUCUCAUUUACAAUUAGUUUACGAUUUGCUCCUUCGAUUCGUCAGUUACAAUUCUCUCGACCCAAAGGUGGCAAAAAAGUAUGUGGACCAUUCUUUUGUAUUAAGGUUGCUCGAUUUAUUCGACUCUGAGGACCCAAGAGAGAGAGACAGCGUGAAGACAAUCAUGCACAGGGUGUAUGGGAAAUUCAUGGUGCAUCGACCCUUCAUAAGGAAGGCUGUCAGCAAUGUAAUCUACCGGUUCGUGUUUGAAACAGAGCGGCAUAAUGGGAUGGCAGAAAUACUAGAGAUCUUUGGGAGCGUGAUUACUGGAUUUGCACUUCCUCUAAAGGAGGAGCACAAGAUGUUCUUGCUAAGGGCUCUACUUCCUCUUCACAAGCCAAAGCCGCUCGGAGUAUACCACCAGCAGUUGACUUAUUGUGUCGUUCAGUUCAUCAAUAAGGACCCGAAGCUCGCAAGUGUAGUGAUCAAGGGUUUGCUCAAGUAUUGGCCAAUUACAAACAGUCAAAAGGAGUUGAUGUUUUUGAGUGAGUUGGAAGAGGUGUUAGAGAUGACGAGCUUAGUCGAGUUCCAGAAGGUCGUGGGCCCUCUCUUUAGGAAAAUAGCAUCCUGUCUCAACAGUUCGCAUUAUCAGGUUGCGGAGCGAGCCCAUUUGUUGUGGAACAAUGAGCAUGUUCUCAGUCUUGUUUCCCAGAAUCGACAAGCAAUUGUGCCGCUUGUCGUCUCAGCCCUUGAGCGCAACACGCAGAACCACUGGAAUCAAGCGGUCCUCAACCUCACGAGAAAUCUCAAGAAGAUCUUGUCUGAAAUGGACGAGGAGCUCGUGACUGCAUGCCAGAGGGCUGCUGAGGAGGAGAGCUCGACCUUGAGCUCCUCCUUGGAGAAGAGGAGGGCAGCCUGGGAGCACCUGGAGAUUGCCGCUGGCAACUCCCUAAUUUCGACUGAUAAUGCCGCGUGUUCUGUCGCCUGCUGACUUAGCACUGAAGAGAGGACAUAAACGGUAACCCUCAUUAGUUCUCGGGCUGAUGUAUGUACAUGUUUCGAGUCGGGCCAAGUGUAAGGUCCUGGUUGAGUUCCUCUUUUUUUCCUUUUUACUACGUAUCUGUUGGGAUGUCUAAUUAAUGCUGUUGCAGUAGAGAGUAAUUUUCUAGUUUACUACUGCUGGUGUUAAUUCGGGUUUCCGCUGUGCGGGGAAUCAGUAAGUGAAAGCCCUUUUGCGUGCAAGUUGACCACAUCCUGUCUCAGUCCUCAUCCCUAUCCUGUCUCAAUGUUAUUCUGCUAGGAUGUUUGAUCUUGCCAGUUAGUCUUCAUGGGAAGUUGUAUUUUCUCUUGUUCUCCUUGUUAUGGAGAAUCCAUGUAUAGAGUAAAAGGCAUGGUUGUCUCUC